AGGCAUCAGCUGUUUUAUUACGAAUGCAGCGUUAUUGCGGAAUUGGUGUAAUUUUGGCAUCUUUAAUUCGCUUUGAGCAAAGUUUUUCUUUAAUUAAUCAUCCUAAAUAGCAUUCCUGGUAGUAUUUUAUUUAAAACCACCAAUAAAAUGAUGCGCUACGAGGGAGAUGAGAAGUUGGCUGAUACCUCAGCAUGUGCGGGCGUCAGAGCGGAUCUCAAGAUGUGCUUGCUGGAAAGCGACUGCUGUCGUAUUGUGGGAUAAGAAGACGCCGCGUGAGUGCCUUAAGGGCAACAAUGUUCCAGAGGAAUGCCAGAUUCUGAGAAACACAUUCUUUGAGUGUAAGCGCUCUUUGCUUGACAAUCGACAAAGGUUUCGCGGACGCAAAGGUUAUUAGUUGGUAUAUUUAAAUUACAUAAAUAAGGUUACUCACGUCAGCGCUAUUGUAAUGUUAUUGUGUUCAUAAUUCAAAUAAAAUAUGUUGUUUACAUACUAACUUAAAAUUUAAA